CGCUGCGGUUCCCCGCGCGCCCCGGCCCCCGUUCCCGCCGCCUUGCCCAGGCCGGCCCCGGCAUGAGCAUCUCCAUCCCGGCGGGGCUGACGGAGCUGCUGCAGGGCUUCACCGUGGAGGUGCUGCGGAGCCAGCCCGGGGACCUGCUGGAGUUCGCCCUCCAGUACUUCGGGCGCCUCAAGGCGGAGGCGGCGGAGAGCGGCGCCGGUGGGGGCUCCCCCGCGCCGGGCCGUGAGAGGGGCAGCCUGGCGCCCCGCAGGGCCCCCACCAGGGGGGUCAGCUUCGCCGAGGAGCCCCUGCAGACCGACUCGGAGAGCGGGGACGAGGAGGAGGAGGAAUUCGCCGGUAAGGGCGGGGUCCCUGGGAGCUCCGCGGUCGGGGGAGGGCCGGGCGCCCCCCCGAGACUAGCUCCAGUGAUAAACCGGUUCACUAGACGGGCAUCAGUAUGUGCAGAAGCUUACAAUCCUGAUGAAGAAGAGGAUGACACAGAGUCAAGGAUUAUUUACCCCAAAACAGAUGAUCAACGAAACAGAUUGCAAGAGGCUUGCAAGGACAUUCUUCUUUUUAAGAACCUAGAUCCGGAACAGAUGUCUCAGGUAUUAGAUGCUAUGUUUGAAAAGCUGGUUGAAGGAGGGGAGCAUGUCAUUGAUCAAGGUGAUGAUGGUGAUAACUUCUAUGUAAUUGAUAGAGGAACAUAUGACAUUUAUGUAAAAUGUGACGGUGUUGGGAGAUGUGUUGGUACCUAUGAUAACCGUGGAAGUUUUGGUGAGUUGGCCUUAAUGUACAAUACACCCAGAGCAGCUACCAUAAUUGCUACAUCUCCUGGUGCUGUAUGGGGUUUGGACAGAGUAACAUUCCGGAGAAUCAUUGUAAAAAACAAUGCCAAAAAGAGAAGAAUGUAUGAAAAUUUUAUUCAGUCAUUGCCAUUCCUUACAUCUUUAGAACUAUCUGAACGCUUGAAAGUGGUGGAUGUAAUAGGCACCAAAAUAUACAAAGAUGGAGAACAAAUCAUUACUCAGGGAGACAUGGCUGAUUGUUUUUUCAUUGUAGAAUCUGGAGAAGUGAGAAUUACUAUGAAAAGGAAGAAUAAACAGGAUGUAGAAGAGAAUGGAGCGGUUGAAAUAGCCCGGUACUCUAGAGGACAAUAUUUUGGAGAACUUGCUCUUGUAACUAACAAACCUCGAGCAGCUUCAGCAUUUGCUCUUGGCACUGUCAAGUGUUUAGUUAUGGAUGUACAGGCAUUUGAAAGGCUUUUGGGACCUUGUAUGGAAAUUAUGAAAAGAAACAUUGCAAACUAUGAGGAGCAGCUAGUUGCUCUGUUUGGAACAAACAUGGACAUUGCUGAUCCCAGUGCAUGAAAUAAAGUUUGGAACAACAAGAUCUGUUACGAGAAAAUAGCACAGUAGUGGUUAGUCCACUGAGAACGUCUAUCUUCCUGUAGAUGCCAAGCAUUUUCUGUGAUUUUAGGGUUUGGGGUUUUUUUGUUUGUUGAGGUUUUUUUGUUUUUGCUUUUUUACAUAUUACAAUGGAUGUAUCAGUAAACUAAAUAGGGAUUUAAUAGACUUUGGUCCUGAUUUUCAGAAGAGCUUAGCACCAGCAGUUCCAGUUAAAGUCAAGGGUAGCUGUACAUGCAUAGCACCUUUUGAAAAUCAGUUCUUUGUAUACAGCAUUUCAUAAAGAAUAGAUUUCAAGAAAACACUAUGCUGAUGAAUUUGUUCAACCAGCUUCUAUUCUAUAAAAUGGUUAAGAUUUUCUGGAAAGACUGUUAGCUUGAAUGUGAUAUGUUUAAAGUAUUAAUGCACAGACUGUUCAUUAGUAUUGAUAAUACAGAAGGUAUGCUGUAGGUAUCCAUUUCUGCCUAUUACAAUUGUCAUAAUUUUAUGUUGCAAUUAUUAUAGCUGUAUAAAAAAGAAAUAACUCAAAAAUUCCUGAUAACAAUAAGGCACAACAAUACAUUUUGUGUAAAGUUCAUUACCCAAGUCUUAUUUUAACAUUUGUGAUUUGGUAUUAAAGUCCUCUUUGCUUAAUAUGUCACAUUUCAGCAAGCCCAUGUGGAAAAUAUUGUAAUAUCUUAUGCAAUUUAGGGGAUUUUUAUAUUUUUGCAAUAAACUGCAUUUUUAUUUGUUACAUAUAAGUGGUAUAUUCCUCUGUUGAGAAAGCUGGCAAAUUAAUCUUGAUGCAAGCAUGUUUUUUAAAAAAUGGCAAAAGUAUUUUAUGUAGACAAUUGUCACAUUCUAUCUAAUCAUGCAUAACCUACAUCAUUUUCCUUCUAAUUUCUUUCUUGUUUAAAAAUUUAUGCAUUUUGUCUUUCCCAUAUUUAUUUGAUAUCUACACUAGGGUUAAAUUUUUGUUCUUAGAAAUCACUUAUUUUUCUCUGUACGUUUCAAGUCAAAUGUUCUCUGUAUCUCUUUCUCUUAGUAGAGUCUGACUUUAGUAGUUGAAUCUGGUCUGUAAUAUAUGAAGUGUUGAAAGCCAUACUAAAAUUUUUGGUCCCCGAAAUCCUUACCAGCAAGUCUGAGAAAGAAUAUGAAUCUAAAAGAUCAAUAAUAUGAAAGGCUGUUUUAUACAUGUUUGGAGAGCAUGUUAUUAAAGCUGACAGAUUCUGCUUUGGUCUUCAGAGACCAAAGGCCC